CCCCAACCGUUCGCACGGGCAGUGGCCCAACUUUACUACAGUUACAUAAACACACACGCACACACAGUGCUGUUAGUGAUUGCAACCCUUAAAUUAACCCCUCUUAGUAAACAAGUGAACAAAAAAUGUCCCUCAACUCGGGCGCCCGUGGCUUUCGGCGUGCACCGUCCCUGUUCCGGAACACGUUCGAGCAGCUGAAAACCCGCUACGACAGCUUACAGGCCCGGCUGGAUGCCAUCACCUUUCCCGAGCGCUACAAAGGCACGAUACUGGAGAAAUGGGCCAUGUACUGGAAGAAUCUUGUGAUCGACUACAAGGAGAUGGUGAUUGACACUGGCCGCACGAUGCGGGAUCGACCGGUGCGGAGCAGCGUCUACGUUUCCCUGCUCGCCGGCAGCCUGUACGCCGGUGCGCGCAAUCCCAGCGAGACCGAUUUUUACGACCAGUUCCGGCGGGCGUACAAUCAGCUGUCGCUGGUACAUCCGACCUGCCAGAACCCGAUCGCCUCGCAGCACUUAACGUUCCUGGAGCGCUGCCACAACGAGGGCAUCCUGCGACGGCUGUCGCUCGGAGUGGUGUCCUUCCUGUGGCUGGAUAAUUACGACAAAGGGCUAGCCAUCUACAAGGCCGUCUGCCCGUAUCUGCAGCCACGGUACAUGACCUUUCACGAGCGCAUCAUUGACGUGGGAUUCAACGGGAAGUUUUGGGUGCUGGAGCGGAAAAUGAUUGAUUACGAUAUUAAUGAGGAAAAUUUGUAAAAAAACUAGAAAUAUAGACCAUUUAAAAGCGAA